AUGGCAGAAGAAACUUUAAGAGAGCUGUUGAAGAUCUAUGGAAAUGGCAAUGGACGUUUACAACAAUAUAUUGCUGAUUUAGAGGUGACAUUUGAAAACAAAGGGUCAACUCCACAGCUUGCCAUUUCUGUGGAAAAAUCAUCUCUGGAAAGACUCCCAAGGGAACUUCUCUGUGUCUAUAAGUUGGUAGAAAUUUCAGAAUGGGAGGCUAAGUUAGAGAAGCAACAGAUCAAUGAAGAGACACAUUCUAGAAUUCAUAUUGGAGAGAAAUCUUACAAAUGUAAUGAAUGUGGGAAGGCCUUUUACCAGAGUUCACAGCUUUUUGUGCAUCAUAGAAUUCAUUCUGGAGAUAAACCUUAUGAAUGUAAAGAAUGUGGGAAGGCCUUUAACCAGAGCAUAGAUCUUACUCUACAUCAGAGAUUUCAUACUGGACAGAAACAUUAUGAAUGUAAUGGUUGUGGGAAGGUCUUCACCCGGACGACACAUCUUAUUCUACAUGAAAGAAUUCACACUGGAGAAAAACCUUAUGAAUGUAAAGAAUGUGGGAAAGCUUUUCGAGGGAGCUCACAACUUACCCUACAUCAGAGGAUUCAUACUGGUGAGAAACCUUAUGAAUGUAUCGAAUGUGGGAAGACUUUUACUCAGAGCUCACAACUCACUCGACACCAGAGAAUUCAUACUGGAGAAAAACCUUAUGAAUGUAAUGAAUGUGGGAAGGCCUUCCCUUGGAUAACACAUCUUACACUACACCAGAGAAUUCACACUGGAGAGAAACCUUAUAAAUGUAAAGAAUGUGGAAAGGCUUUUCGAAGGAGCACAGGACUUACUGAACAUCAGAGAAUUCAUACUGGAGAGAAACCUUUUGAAUGUAGUGAAUGUGGGAAGGCCUUUACACAAAUCACAGAUCUUACCCGACACCAGAGAAUUCACACUGGUGAGAAACCUUAUGAAUGUAAAGAAUGUGGGAAGGCUUUCCAUGGGAGUUCACAACUUACUAGACAUCAGAGAGUUCAUGCUGGAGAGAAACUUUAUGAAUACAAUGAAUAUGGAAAGGCUUUUCAUGAGAAUGAACAACUUGCUAUACAUAAGAAAACUCGUAAUGGAAAAAAAACUCUCAAAUGCUACAAAUGUGGAAAGGCCUUUAGCCAAAAUGCUGAACUUCGUCUGCAUCAUAGAAUUCCUAAUGGAGAGAAACUUUAUGAAUGCAAUGAAUGUGGGAAGGCUUUUAGUAGGUUCAAAGAACUUACUUAGCAUCAGGGAAUUCAUGCUGGAAAGAAAUGUUUUUGAAUAUAAAAUUCCAUAGGGGAAAAAAGGUAACAACAGGAGGGGUGAUUAGGUGUGAGGGAAAGAGAACCACUAGGAUUACAGACCACCUUACAAAAGUUAAACUAAUAUAAUUGAAAAAACAUAGUACGGUGCUUACAGAAGAGGGAGAACAAUUAUAACUUGAACAAGACAAUAUCCAAUACAAAUGAAGGAAAAUACAAACCUAAAUCAUAACUUUAAAUGAAAAUGGAACAAGCAAUAUAGUAAAGUGAAAAGGGAGCAACAUUUUGGAUAAGAAUAUAAAAUCUUGUUGCUUAUAAGAAAUAUAUUUUAAAAAGAUAUCCAAAGAGCAAAACUAAGGGGAUGUAAAAAUGUAUUAUCAAGUGAAUAAAAAAAAGCAGGAAUUGCCAUCAUGCUAUCCAACAAACCAAAGACAAGUGUUCAAAAUAUUAAAAGAAUCAAAUAAGGAAACUAGUGGUUUUACUGGUUUGUUGUCAUUUCCUUUCUUGUUUUGAACAUCUAGGUAGCUCAGUGGAUAGAGUGCUGGCUAGAGUCAGGAAGACUCAUCUUCCUGAGUUUAAAUACAUCCUUUACAGAUCAAAACACAAUAAAAGUAUUUAUUGGUUUGGGGACCACAAACAAGACACAAACCUAAAUGGCGAGACAACAGUGAAAUCCUAAAGGAUGAGUGAUAGUAUUGAAAGAAUAUUCCAUAAGUUUUGGGUUGCAACUACAGCAGUCCUCAGGAAAAAAAUCAUAUCCGUUCAAACUUACAUUAACAAAAUAGAAAAAGGAUUGAUUAACUGAAAACACAUAAAAAA